AUGUUUAUCUUUUUCUUGGGCGUACUUAGCGGUGUAUUUUUGGUACUGUCGGUUGCUUAUAUUUACUUCUUUUAUCCACUUAAUGGUUGUCAGCGACCACUAAUUUUUUACGAUCAGUUUCCACCGAUACGUUUACCAGGGGUGCUCGCUCAAUUUUUGCGUUCUGGCGAGGAUGAUUCUGGUGGCUCAAAAUGGGAAUCUUGUUAUACUUUUAGUAUUAUAGCACAUUUUUUGUUUCAAGAGUUUAAAAAUACUCGUCGAUUUCGAAGGUGGUUCUUCAAACGUCUCCAAUUGGAGUUAAAUGACCUUACUACGCGGUCUGCUGCUGGACUUUUAAUACAGGAUGUAAGGGUACGUGAUCUUUCCACUGGAUCAAAAUUUCCUGUUAUAAGUAAAAUGCGCGUCGAGCGUUAUCAAAUGUCAGAGGAUGGGGAAACAUUUGAGGAAUUGAAUCUUUUAUUGAACGUUGAUUAUACAGGAGGUUUCCAGUUUUCAAUAGAUGUUUCACUGGUUUUGAAUCGUCGCGCUCAUUUAUCUUUGAAGCUUACACAUCUGGCUGGUAAAAUUCGAUUAACGCUUACAAGAAAGCCUUACACACAUUGGUCUUUUACUUUUAUAGAACCACCAGUUAUUGACUUCAAGGUUGAGUCAGAAUGGCAGGGCCGUCAGGUGAAAUAUGUAAUACCUCUUAUUACGCAACAAUUUCGACGAGUUUUGCAGCGGAAGCAUGUUUUUCCAAAUUACAAAAUUCGGUACCGACCAUUUUUUCCGAACCCGCUGUUUGUUCCUUCACCUCCUAUGGAAGCGUUUGCGCAUAUUAAAUUGGUUGGUGGACUGGAAGUAACCGUAUUGCAGUGCACGCGCUUGAACAUUUCACUGGCUUCUGAAGAGGAAACAGAAGUGUACUGUACCAUAUCCUUGGACCAUCGCCCUUUUCUGCAUUUAGCUUCGCCUCAUUCAAAUCACUGUUUUACUGUUCUUAUAAAUUUUAUUCGCCAUGGCUUUGCCGAUCCACUAGGACUAACGUUUAACAAGGUUAUUUUCUCGACAUGUCAGUGGCAGAGGGACAUUAUCCUAGCCGUAAACAAUGUUCCGAUUCGCAAUGAGCGGCAGGCAACGAAGUUGCUUUGCGGUACGAGUGGAGAACUUAACGUUUUGGUGGAGAGGAAUUUAACCGAUUUUUCAGCAGAAAGCGGGAAGUUAAGUGAGUAG